UCUGCUAUAUAAAUGGGGUCGGCUCGGACCAUAAGGAGAGAAUAAGAACUGUGCAAGGCUGCCUCUGGUCUCCAAACCAUAUUCAGAAAUGGCGUCUUCAAACAAGGGUGAGGCAACCAUCCAGGCCUGGUACAUGAACGAGACCGAUGAGGACCAGAGACUUCCCCACCAUUGUGAUCCUCCUGAGUACGUUUCUUUGGACAAACUAGCAGAGCUAGGUGUUCUCUACUGGCAUUUGGAUGCUGAUAACUAUGAAACUGAUGAAGAGUUCAACAAGAUACGAGAAUCCAGGGGCUAUACUUAUUCAGAUUUGAUCACGUGCUGCCCAGAUAAGUUGCCAAACUAUGAGUGCAAGUUGAAAUCUUUUUAUGAAGAGCAUAUUCAUACUGAUGAAGAGAUCCGCUUUCUUUUGGAGGGAAGUGGUUAUUUUGACGUUAGGGACAACAAUGACCGUUGGAUUCGUAUUUGGGUGAAGAAAGGAGACAUGAUUGUGUUACCAGCGGGAAUCUAUCAUCGGUUCACCAUGGAUUCCGACAACCAUACCAAAGCCCUGCGUUUAUUUGUUGGUGAACCUGUAUGGACCCCAUACAACCGCCCUCAAGAUGACCACCCUAUCAGAAAGCAAUAUGUUGAAGCUUUUAUCGAGAAGGAUCAGGGCAGUCAUGCUGUAGAAGCACAUUAAUACGGCACAAUAGAGGCACUUGGCUUGGCUUUUUCUUUUAGGUGUCCUAUAAAUGUGUGUGCGCGCUUUAUCAUUUCCCAUAUAACUCAGUGACAUUUUAUUAAUAAUAUGUAUGCUUGAAGUCUUGUGAAAAUAAGCAUAAAAUAAUAAUAUGUAUGCCUGAAGUCUUUGUGAAACUUUACUAUAUAAUAGUGAUGUUUUGCUACAUACUUCUUGCUUGGCUCCUUUAAUGGA